CAUUUUACGUCACCCAAUACUGUUUUCAAGGAAAUUUUUUCUGGCAGAAUUGAUUUGUUGGAGAGCGUGAAAAAAACAAUAAAUUUGUGUACGCAGUAAAUAGGAAAAAACAUGGUAUCACGUUCGCGCAGUCCCAGUCCCACGGCGAAACGCCGACAUCACAAAAGCAAAAAUAAAAAACGCAGUAAGUCACACAAUCGGGACCGGGACCACAAAUCCUCAGAGAUGAACCAUCAUGGGCGACGCGAUAGAGAGAGGGAAAGGGACAGACACCGCAGUGACAGGCACAUCGAACGGGAACGAGAUUAUAGGCAUUCGCCAUCAAUUUCAAAGUCACGGAAACGCUCCUCCUCCAGCAGUGAUAGCCCCUACUCGGAUCACGAGUCCCAGCGCAGUAGACACAAGCGCACCCGUUUCAAGAAGCUCGAUGAGCAAAAUCAAUUGCAAGUUGAGCGUCUGGCUGAAAUGGAACGCCAACGUCGGCAAAAAGAGGCAGAACAAAAAACAAUCGAAGAGGAGGCAGCCAAACGCAUUGAAAUGCUUGUCAAAAAACGUGUCGAGGAGGAGCUCGAAAAACGACGCGACGAAAUCGAACAGGAGGUGAAUAGGCGCGUUGAGACAGCCAAAGCAGAAAUGGAACGAGAAAUGAUGCUGGAGCUGGAGAAGCGGCGAGAACAGAUACGCGAAGAAGAACGCCGUCGCGAGGAGGAAGAAAAACAAAAACGCGAAGAACUUGAAGAAAUUUUGGCCGAAAACAAUCGCAAAAUCGAAGAGGCGCAAAGAAAAUUGGCCGAAGAACGCUUAGCCAUUAUUGAAGAGCAACGUCUGAUGGAUGAGGAAAGGCAGCGAAUGCGCAAGGAGCAGGAGAAACGUGUCAAAGAGGAACAAAAGGUCAUAUUGGGAAAGAAUAAUUCCAGGCCAAAGCUAUCGUUCUCCCUCAAACCCGGUGCAUUAUGAGUCCCAUAGGAGGCCGCGCAUCUGCGUAUCCUUGUUAAUAGCUUUUUGCUUUUUUACCUCAUCAACACUUUGAUUGUAAUUGAAACUGUUUAAAGCAUUUCCCUUGUUGUCAAUAGUGUUCAUUUUCUUUUUUUACUUAAUUUAAUUUAAUUAUUUUUUGCAUAUAACGCUUAACGUGGUCGUCAAAAGCAAUCAAAGUGUUUUUGGGGUUCUACGUUUUCAUUGUAUACAUAUAUAUUUAUACUAUUAUAAAAUAGUUUAAAUUUUUUUCAAAAUUGCCAAUUAUUCGGACAUAUUAUACAGCUCUAAAUAGUACAAUAUGCUAGCAAUUUACCUACAAUAUUCUUUUUUUUUUUAAACUAUUACAACAAUACAAUGUGAGACGAUUGAAUGAAUAUACAUUAACUUAUAUGUA